UUCUUUUCCCUCUUUCGCAUUUCAGCCGCUCUACGGAGCUGAGAAACCUGGCGAAGCCCUUCAUCGUGUUCGAUGGGUUGCACUGUAAGGGAGAAGCAUGUCCGAGCAAACCGGAAGACCCGAUCGGUGAAGCCGGAAUUUGAUCCUUGUUGUUUUCUCGACAGAUCCUCGAUAUCCAAAUCCAUACUCGAAUCGGGGCUCAAACCUUUAGGUUAUCAUCCUGGUAUGAACGAUUCGACUAUCCCCAACUCUAAUACUAAUUCUAAUGGGAAUUUUUACGAGAAUGGAUGGGGUUACUGCACAGAGGAGCAGUUAGAGGAAAUUCUGUUGAAACACUUGGAGUACUUGUACAAUGAGGCUAUAUCUAAGCUCGUAGCCUUAGGUUACGAUGAGGAUGUUGCGUUAAAGGCGAUACUGAGAAAUGGGCAUUGCUAUGGUGGCAUGGAUGUGUUGACUAACAUUUUGCACAAUUCUUUGGCAUAUUUGAACAGUAGUUGCGGUAGUAGUAAUGUGAAUGCCGAGGAAUCCGAGCCUGUUUUCACGGAUUUGAGACAAUUGGAGGAGUACUCCCUUGCGGGCAUGGUAUGCUUGUUGCAACAAUUUAGGCCUCAUUUGAGCAAAGGUGAUGCCAUGUGGUGUCUGCUUAUGAGUGAUCUGCAUGUGGGUAGGGCGAGCGCCAUGGAAAUGCCAGCUAUUCCUCCUGUUACUGGGCCUAAUGCAGUGCAGAAUACUAUUGAGAGUGUUGGUGACAGUGGUGUUGGUGUUAUGACACCAGCAUUGUGUAGGUUUCAUGGUGGCUGGGGGUUUGGAAAUGGUGGGGGAUCAGAGCUAUCUGUUAAUGACUUCUUUUCAUACAGUGCUGAAAUGACUUCGCAGAGGGACAUAGAGUGUCCCAAGAGAUUUAAUCUUUCACCUUCAAUGAAGUCCUUGUUGAAGAGGAAUGUUGCUGCAUUUGCUGCCGGUUUUCGGGCUAACUCGAAACAGAUGCAGACACAAUCUCAUGCUUGUGUGAAUAAUUGGACAAGUGGGAAUGUCCCUUCAAAUUUAUCUGGGGGCGAGAUUCAGGCAGAGAAGUCUGAGGACUCGCAAAAUUCAAAGAUCCAAGUUGGAGUUACUUCUGUUCUGAGCAAAUUUCGUGAUCUGAACCUUGAUGAGAAUUUAGAGAUUGUUGGGGAAGAUCAGAAGGAUGAGAUGAUAGUAACUCUGCUUCAUCAGAUUAAGGAUCUGGAGAAGCAAGUGCAGGAAAGGAAGGAAUGGGCUCACCAGAAGGCAAUGCAAGCUGCUAGAAAGCUUAGUAAUGACUUGACAGAGCUUAAGAUGUUGCGGAUGGAAAGAGAAGAAACCCAGAGGUUGAAGAAGGGUAAACAGGCACUUGAGGACUCAACCAUGAAGAGACUGUCAGAGAUGGAGAAUGCUUUGAGGAAGGCUAGUGGUCAAGUGGAUCGGGCAAAUGCAGAUGUGAGACGCCUUGAGACUGAGAAUGCAGAAAUAAGAGCAGAGAUGGAGGCUUCAAAGUUAAGUGCAGCAGAAUCAGUUAAGACGUGUCUGGAGAUUACAAAGAGAGAGAAGAAGUGCCUGAAGAAGCUUUUGAAUUGGGAAAAACAGAAGGCUAAGUUGCAUGAGGAGAUCGCCGAAGAGAAAGAGAAAAUCAAGGAAUUGCAACAAGGUUUGCUUAAGAUCGAACAGGAUCAGAAAGAAUAUGAGCUGAAGUGGAGGCAUGAGCUGAAAGCUAAAGAGCAGGCAUUGGGCCAAGUGGAGGAGGAACGCCGCUCCAAGGAAGCAGCUGAGACCAGUAGUAAAAGAAAGCUUGAAACCUUGCGCCUGAAGAUAGAGAUAGAUUUCCAAAGGCAUAAAGAUGAUCUCCAAAGGCUUGAGCAGGAGUUUUCUAGGCUUAAAGCAUCUGCACAGUUCACUGAAUUGAACAGUCAGUUGAAUACUUUAUCUUCAGGAAAGGCAGAGGGGGAAAAGCCUCAAGGUGAAACAAUUGCUAAUCUGCUACAUGAACUAGAUAAGCUGGAGGAUGAGACUGACAAAGGAGUCAUAUGUGAUAGAGAAUGCAUUAUUUGUCAGAAGGAUGAAGUCUCCAUUGUUUUUCUGCCAUGUGCUCACCAAGUAAUUUGUGCCAGUUGCAAUGACAAUUAUGGGAAGAAGGGUAGGGCUACUUGUCCAUGUUGCCGGAUUCCAAUCGAGCAGCGAAUCCGUGUUUUUGGUGCUACUUCCUAGUGUUUGGUCUUGGGAUUGUUAUGCAUUACAAUCUUCUGGAGGGUAUACCUUUUUUCCUAUCUUGCAAUUUCUAUUUGCUUGCUCUGGAACUUUGCAUAUAUUAGCUGCAGACAUGGUGCUGGUGCUUAAAGUAAAAUCAGGAUGUAUGUAAAUAAAAAAAAAAAAAAACGAGGUUUCUUUUAUAGGCCCGCAUGCUUUUGGAUGAAAAUAAGGGGAACUUGAUUUGAUUGUUAUCGCUGUUGAAAACUAGGAAAAGAAAAGUCGGUACCAUCAGCUGGGCUUUUUUCUCCUCUGUCAAAAGUGACAUUUUAUUGUAGACAUUUGGAGCUACAGGUACAGCAGUGUAUUCUUGAUAUGAUAAGAUGCUAUUCACCAGAAACUGAAAAGUUUUUGUUCCCUACAUGCACCUUAUGUGAAUCUUAAUCUCUUUCUUUGACUA